AUGUGUGACGUCUUCCAAUCUCAAUCAAGCUUGCAAUCAAAACAAGUAGCGGAAACCACUUUGUCCAUCCAGCCGUACCGACGACGGAGCGCUCAACCUCGUCCCCACGAUCUCAAGUUUCCUGUUAGCACGAACAAGAAUGAAUCGAAGAAUGGUAACCGCCGCAAUGGUCGAGCAGCUAGUAAUGUAAUUGGCAGACAUGGUGAGAACUGGCACUCUGGAACGAACCGUAAUGAUUGA